UGUCACAUACAAAAUUGCAGUGCAGAUUUUACGUGUUUCUUCUUGAACUUGUCUCUUGAAUUUGAAGAUAAAAAAAAUAAUUCAAUAAUAAUGGAUGAAGAAAACCAUGAUUUGGAGCCCUUGGAACCCUCGCUUAAGAAUGUGAUAGAGCAGAAAUCCUUACGAUGGAUUUUUGUUGGUGGGAAAGGUGGUGUUGGGAAAACCACUUGCAGCUGCAGCUUGGCCGUUCAACUAUCCAAAGUUAGGGAAUCAGUUUUGAUAAUUUCUACAGAUCCAGCACAUAAUAUUUCUGAUGCAUUCGACCAAAAAUUUUCAAAGGUCCCAACCAAAGUGAAGGGUUUUGACAACUUGUUUGCAAUGGAGAUUGACCCUAAUGUUGGUCUGACUGAGCUACCAGAAGAGUAUUUUGAAGGUGAAACUGAGGCCAUGAGACUCGGCAAGGGAGUCAUGCAGGAGAUUGUUGGGGCCUUCCCUGGCAUUGAUGAAGCCAUGAGCUAUGCUGAGGUAAUGAAGCUGGUGAAAGGUAUGAACUUUAGUGCUGUAGUGUUUGACACAGCACCUACUGGACACACUCUCCGCCUUCUCUCAUUCCCACAAGUUGUAGAAAAGGGGCUCGGCAAGCUAAUGCGCUUAAAGUCUAAGGUUGCUCCAUUCAUCAACCAAGUGGCCACUCUUUUUGGUCUGGCUGAGUUUAAUUCAGACAUGUUCAGCAACAAAAUGGAUGAAAUGCUCUCUGUAAUCAGACAAGUCAACACCCAAUUCAAAGAUCCCAAUCAGACCACAUUUGUUUGUGUAUGUAUUGCCGAAUUCCUGUCAUUAUAUGAGACGGAACGCUUAGUACAAGAGCUGACAAGGUGUGGCAUUGACACUCACAAUAUAAUCGUGAACCAGCUGUUGCUAAGAACGUCUGCUCCAUGCGAACUCUGCGCCGCGAGACACAAAGUGCAAGAAAAGUAUUUAGAACAGAUUGCAGACUUGUAUGAAGACUUUCAUGUUACCAAAUUACCUCUGCUAGAUAAAGAAGUCCGUGGAGCCCAAGCUGUGAAUGCUUUCUCAGAAUAUUUGGUCAAACCUUAUGUACCACCUCCACAAGCUACAUGAAGUGUUAAUUAUAUAUCAGGUCCCAUAAUUGUGCAAGUAAUUUGUGUCUAUUAAAUUCUUAGUACGAUUUACUUGGUGCUAAUGGUCACACUAAUUUUAUAUCUCAACUUCUCUAAUUGGGCCUUCCGGGAUUUAAUUUAUACUUUCCAAAGGAUUAUCCUUGUAUAUCCAGUAAAUGUAAUAUUACUCUAA